CCUACUUUGCAAAAUUUUCUGUAGAUGGAAAACAACAACAACCCUUUCAACCUGCGUUACAUUCUGGAAAACAACAAGUUAUCCGGGACCAACUUUCUUGAUUGGGAGAUGAACCUCUGAAUCGUUCUUGACUGUGAGAGGAAACUCUACAUCCUCGAAAUGGAUCCUCCCAAGACCCCUAAUGCUAAUGCUCGUGCGUCCGAACUCACUUCCUACAAGAAGUAUGAGGACGACGCGCAAAAUGUGAAGUGUAUCAUUAUGGCCAGUAUGACCGCGGAGCUUCAAAGGCUCCACGCGGACAUGGAAGUGCGUCAUAUGAUACAACGCUUAAGAGACCUUUACGAGGGUCAGCCCCAAAACUCAGUAGCACACACACUCAACAGAGUUCCAUCUAAAGCUGUCGAGAGCACACCAUACGAACUAUGGCGUGGGAGAAAACCGAGUUUCUCGUACUUUAAGAUUUGGGGCUGUGAAGCUUAUGUAAAACGUCUCAUGACGUCUAGUAAGUUGGAGCCUAAAUAUGAUAAAGUAAUUUUUGUGGGAUACCCCAAGGAAACUAGAGGGUAUGAGUUCUAUCAUCCAUCCGAUAACAAAAUUUUCGUUGCUCGGAACGGAACCUUCCUUGAGAAGGAGUUUCUUUCUGCUAUCACUAGUGGGAGAAAGGUAGACCUCGAAGAAAUUCGAGAACUACAAGAAGAAGUUCUGAUAGUGUUGGAACCGGAGCAAAGAGAUCAAGCAAUUGAACCUCAAAUUGCUCAAGAUAAACCACGUAGAAGAUACCAGGGAAGUCCAGGAGAAGCACACUGGACAACGGUCAAGAACAUCCUCAAGUAUCUUCGCAAUACUAAGGAUGCAUUCCUGGUUUACGGUGGUGAGGAAGAGCUAAAGGUGGUCGGUUACACUGAUGCUAGCUUCCAAACCGAUAGAGACGACUCAAAACCACAAGCAGGAUAUUUGUUUUGCUUGAAUGGCGGAGCUUUUAGCUGGAAGAGCUUCAAGGAAGAUACAACCGCCGAUUCGACUAUAGAGGCUGAGUACAUAGCUGCCGCUGAGGCAGCUAAAGAAGCUGUUUGGAUCAAGAAGUUCAUUACUGAACUUGGAGUGGUUCCUAGUAUUAAUGACCCUAUCUCGUUAUUUUGCCACAACACUGGGGCCAUUGCACAAGCAAAGGAACCGCGAUCUCACCAGAAAACAAAACACAUUGUACGACGCUAUCACAUCAUACGAGAAAUCGUAGAUAGAGGAGAUGUGAGGAUUUGCAAAGUAGAUAUUGACGACAACAUAGCCGAUCCCUUGACCAAGCCUUUAGGAAAGCUAAAGCAUGAGGGUCACAUUAGGUCCAUGGGCAUUCGACCGAUGCCAAAUUGGCCAUAGUGCAAGUGGGAGAUUGUUGGAGUUGUGCCCUGAUGGCCAACUGUUCAUCGUUAUCCUAUCAUGUAUAGACAGAUAUAAUAUGUUUACACAUCUCAUGCUAAUAAAAUAUAUAUAAUAUUUUAAAUAUUAUUAGAAAUAUUUUCUAUAGAAAUAUACAAGAUUAUUAUUAUCCCAAUUUUAAUCUUUAUAUUUUAUACUACUAUAAUCUUUACUAGCAUAAAGAUUGUGGUAGACUCCGGCGUUGUUCGUGUGUCAAAGUUGGAGACCGGACGCUUGAACGGUUACGUUUGCACUUUCAACGCUCUUCCUACGACUUCUUCAUUUUUACCGCUUACGAAGAAAGGUAUAAAUUUCUU